GACUAAAGUUUUGGAGAAUAUGUAUUGAAGUGUCCUUGUUCUUUCCUUGAAAUUCCUUCUCUUCAAAGAAGGUGGCACCUGCUGACAUGGUACAGGCAAGCACAAAGAUCCAAGCCUGGUGGCGGGGCACGCUGCUGCGAAGAACACUGUUACAUGCCACCCUCAGGGCGUGGGUCAUUCAGUGCUGGUGGAGGCAGACACGAGCCAGGCAACUGGAGAAGAAGAAGUGGGAAGCACUGGAGCUCUACAAGCGGCAAAUCUGGGCAACUGUAAAGCUGCAGUCUUGCAUCCGAAUGUGGCUCGUCCGCCAGCGAUACUGUGAUAUGCUCAAUGCGGUCCGAAAUAUGCAGAACUGUUGGCAUGGUCAUAUUUGCCAAUUCCAUGACACUUUUCAGGGCAGCUAUGAGCUCACAGGAAGCCACCUACAACUUCAGCUUGAUAUCUUCCUAGGAUCUCAAGUUUGUCGCAUUACAGACUGCAUCCCUUUUCCAAUAAAGAACUGACCAUGUCUACUC